CCCUUCCAUCCACACUCAUCCAGAGCAAGCAAGUUAGCAUUCCAUCGAUCUGCUACAGCUAGCUCGAUCAUUCGGUAUUGAUCGUCGCAUAGAUAUAUCUACUAGAUAACUAGGUUGUUGCAAGACAGAGAGAGUAGCUAGGAAGAUUUUCUAGGCAGGCACACAUAUAGAUUGGUAGAUUUACGUUUUGGUAGGAAGCGAGCAAGUUAGCGAAUGGAGAAGAUGAACGUGGCGGCGAGCAGGAAGCCCGGCGACUGGAGCUGCCGGUCGUGCCAGUACCUCAAUUUCUGCAAGCGGGACGCGUGCCAGCGCUGCGGCGAGGCGAAGCUGGGCGCGGAGCGGACGGACUACGCCGCGCUGGGCGGCGACUGGGACGUCAAGCCGGGCGACUGGUACUGCUGCUGCUGCGGCGCCCACAACUACGCCUCCCGCGGCAGCUGCUUCAAGUGCCCCACCGCCAGGAACGAUGCCGCCGCCGUCGCGCAGGGCUGGGGAUUCACCGCCGCCGGCCAGGCCGGGAUGAAGUCCGGCGACUGGAUCUGCCCAAGACUGGGUUGCAACGUGCAGAACUACGCCAACCGAACCGAGUGCUUCAGGUGCAAUAUGCCCAGAUCAUACUGCGGUUGAUCGGACGACUAACUACACACACAGAAAAACAGCUAGAAAAGAAAUAAAUAAACGUGCGAGAUUGAAGAGAAAUGGACGAGAUUGAUCGCCGCACCACGAGGACUUUUUUCCUUUCUUUUUUUUCAUCUUUCGAAUGAAUACAAUUAGCCCUCGGACAACUCGAGGUCGAAGGCUAGUCAUUUGGAAGAGCAGCAGCAACUGAAGCUAAAAAGGAGAUGAGGAUAUGUGAAAAAAAAGUGUGACUGAUGCUAAUAAUCAGUCUUCUAUGUCCCGCCCUUUUUUCUAAUAAAAGCAGAGGUUAAAGAAAGGAAAAUUCGAGUUCC